CCCCCCCCCCCCCCCCCUCUCUCUCUCUUCUUUCCGACAGCAGAAAGCGAAAUUAUAGUGAGAGAAAAUCUAGAGAGAGAAAGUGCAUGAACUCGUUCUGAAUACGGACCACCCUGUUCAAAAACAACGCCCCUGUAACAACAAUGGCGGUUUCUAGGGUUUUGUGAGUAUUUACACUUGCUAAUUUCUCGAUGGAAAUGCCUGGUAGACGAUCGAAUUACACUCUGCUGAGUCAGGACGACGACCACCACCAGCCACCGCCGCCGAUUCCGCCAAAACCAACCACAGUGGGCGGCGGAGCUGCUCCGUACCACGAGUCUCAUUCCGGCGAGAAGAACAAGGGGAAGAGCGAUAGGAGCUUCGAUUGGGAAUUGGUUGAUCAUCGGAUGGCUCAGCAGCAGCCGAAUCGGAUUCCUUUGAUCGGAUUGCAGAGGCAGUCGAGUGGGAGUAGCUUCGGCGACAGCUCGUUUCCGUCUGUUGCGGCGAGCGAUCCCGAUGCGUUUGGACUCAUGCAUGACGAUGUGUUCAAGGUUGGUGGUGGAGAGUUCAGGUUGAAGGCGGCGGAGGUGGGCGGCGGUGCGGGGCCUUCGUCGUCGUCAAAGAGUUGGGCGCAGCAAACGGAGGAGAGUUACCAAUUGCAGCUGGCCUUGGCUCUCCGGUUGUCUUCUGAAGCUACUUGUGCUGACGAUCCCAAUUUCUUGGAUCCAGUGCCAGAUGAAUCCACAUCACGGUCACUGCCUUCCUCUGGUUCUGCAGAGUCCAUGUCUCAUAGAUUCUGGGUGAAUGGCUCCCUAUCAUACUUUGACAGAGUUCCUGAUGGGUUUUAUUUAAUUCAUGGGAUGGAUCCAUAUAUAUGGACUGUAUGCACUGAUCUCCAAGAGAAUGGCCGUAUUCCAUCAAUUGAAUCUCUAAAGGCCAUUGAUCCCAGCAUGGAUUCUUCAGUUGAAGUAAUUUUGAUAGAUCGACGUAGUGAUCCUAACUUAAAAGAACUACAAAACAGGAUUCAUAGUGUAUCCUGCACUUGCAUCACUACAAAAGAAGUUGUUGACCAGCUUGCAAAGAUUGUCUGUGAUCGCAUGGGGGGUGCAGCUUUGACUGGAGAAGAUGACUUUGUUCCCAUCUGGAGUGAAUGCCGUCAUGAUAUUAAGGAAUGCUUAGGAUCUGUUGUGCUUCCGAUUGGUAGCCUUUCUCUUGGUCUUUGUAGGCAUCGUGCUUUGCUAUUCAAAGUGCUGGCUGACACGAUUGAUUUACCAUGUCGAAUUGCCAAGGGCUGCAAAUAUUGUAUGAGAGAUGAUGCUACCUCCUGUCUUGUUCGCUUUGGCGUUGACAGGGAGUAUGUAGUUGAUUUAAUUGGGAAUCCAGGAUGUUUGUGUGAACCUGAUUCUUUGUUAAAUGGUCCGUCUACCAUCUCAAUUUCUUCACCAUUGCGCUUCCCACGCUUCAGACAAGUUGAAUCUCCAAUCGAUUUCAGGUCACUGGCCAAACAGUAUUUCUUGGACUGUCAAUCACUUAAUCUUGUAUUUGAUGACUCUUCCACAGGUAUUGUUUUUGAUGGAGAUGCUGGAGACCUGAUGUAUCCUAAGCAAUCUGAUAGGCAGUGCAUGGAUAGACACAGCCCUGUGCCUAGUUCAAGCAACAGCAAUAAAAUUCCACUGUUACCUCUGCCCUCAGAAGGUACCUUGGAAAAUGCUCAUGAUGGGGAUUUGCUGCUGUUUCAAUCAUGUAAUGCUCACCCUAUUGUAAGCUCAACAAACAUGGUCAAAGAUCCAAUACCUCUAAAGCAUAAAGAUUUGAGGUUUGUUGAUGGCAGUCAAAGGGUUCCAAUUCAACUAAGUAAAGAAGUUUCCCUUCAUUUGGAAGAUUUUGACAUUCCAUGGAGUGAGCUUAUUUUGAAAGAGAGAAUUGGAGCAGGUUCUUUUGGUACUGUCUAUCGUGCUGAUUGGCAUGGCUCGGAUGUUGCUGUGAAGAUUCUCAUGGAUCAAGACUCUCAUCCGGAGCGAUUGAAGGAAUUUUUGAGGGAGGUGUCAAUUAUGAAGCGCAUGCGGCACCCAAAUAUUGUUCUUUUUAUGUGUGCUGUUACUCAGCCCCCUAACUUGUCUAUAGUCACAGAAUAUCUAUCAAGAGGCAGUUUAUAUAGACUUUUGCAUAACCCUGGUGCAAGAGAAUCAUUGGAUGAGAGGCGCAGGUUGAGUAUGGCUUAUGACGUGGCAAAGGGAAUGAAUUAUCUUCAUAACUGCAAUCCUCCCAUUGUUCAUCGAGAUUUGAAGUCUCCAAAUCUUCUGGUUGACAGAAAAUAUACAGUGAAGGUCUGUGAUUUUGGUCUUUCCCGUUUAAAAGCAAACACAUUUCUUUCAUCAAAGUCAGCAGCAGGAACUCCUGAAUGGAUGGCACCAGAAGUUCUCCGUGAUGAACCAUCAAAUGAAAAGUCGGAUGUAUACAGCUUUGGUGUGAUAUUGUGGGAACUUAUGACGUUGCAACAACCUUGGAGUAAUUUAAAUGCAUCACAGGUUGUAGCAGCAGUUGGUUUCAAGGGCAACAGGCUUGAGAUUCCACGUGAUAUAAAUCCUCUAAUAGCUUCCAUAAUUAAAGCUUGCUGGGCCAAUGAGCCCUGGAAACGACCUUCCUUUGCCAGUAUCAUGGAAUCUUUAAGGCCUUUGAUUAAACCUCUAACACCUCAACCAGCUCGUGCAGACAUGUAGUUACAAGAAGCCGUAAGAGACCUGGGAAGUUUUUGUUAUGUAUAUAUACUUCAUUCUUUUGAUGAUCCAUUUUUGGCAAGAAAUUCUGCUCUGAUAAUCUCAGGACCUCUCUUGUACAUAUCUGUUCACAUUGCUUUGAGAACAUUGAUUUUUCGUGCAACCCAAGAAGCUGCUGUUAUGCGCUUGCCGGAGAUUUCUAUCCACAUUUCCAUGUAUAAACUUUCUCCAGAAAUAUUGCCGCCUCAAGUGAUUUUAUGUUCAAUUAGCAGCAUGUUAUAUAUAUAUAUAUGCAUUAUUGUGAUAGAAAUCAGCUUAGAAAGAUAUACUCACUGCUUGGGUGUGUGCGAUACCUCUUCAUGUUGCAUACCCUCAGAAAUUGUUCACAACCUCAGGGUUGUGUAUAUAGUGGAAAAGUAGAUGCAAGCGUGCCUUUGCAUUGGUGCUGUUC